GUUGACUCGUUGUGGCCCGGUCGGUAUUAACGGUUACGGUCAGUGAGUGCGAGACCCGGUAUCUGGGUCUAAAAAGUGUGCCAAUCGAUUUCAAACACAUUCGAGUUGUAAAGGGUUGUGCUGAUUUUGAACUGAGACGUGCUUUUCUUUUAAAAAAAUAACAACACACAGAAGAAUUGGUGCAAGUGAAGAAAAUAGCAAGUAAAGCCAAGUUUUAGUUUUUAAAGAUGUCUGAACUUGAUCAUGGCACAUAUCCAGAAGACAGAAUUCUUUCACUGAAAGAGAAAUUGAUUUGUAGGGAUCUUCAGAUUUUAACUCUGCAAUCAAUACUGGGAGAGCCUCACCAUUAUAGUUAUCCAUCUGUUUUUGUGUAUGGACAUACCGCCACAGGGAAAACCUAUGUGACAGAAACAUUGCUGAAGACAUUGAAGUUUCCUCAUGUGAUUGUGAACUGUGUGGAAUGUUUUUCUUCAAAGAUGCUUUUUGAACAAAUACUUAAUCAGCUGCAGGGUCAUUCGCUAUCCCUCAAGAAUGAAUAUACUUCAUGUCUUCAGUCUAACACAUUCAAUGACUUUGUUCUACUUUAUAAGCAAGUGGUCCACAAGCAGAAUUUGCACAAUCAAACUGUCUACAUUGUGUUGGAUAAAGCAGAACGUUUGAGGGAAAUGGAUUCAAACCUGUUACCUGGAUUUCUGAGGUUUCAAGAAUUGGCUGAUGAAAAUGCAACUGUUAUUUUCCUUAGUGAGAUUGUUUGGGAGAAAUUUCGGCCAGGUACAGGCUGCUUUGAGCCCUUAAUUUUGCAUUUUCCUGACUAUAACAAAGCUGAUCUCCAGAAAAUUCUUUCACAAGACCACCCUCCAGAAUUCUCUGCAGAUUUUUAUGCUACUUAUAUUAACAUUCUGCUUGGAGUGUUUUACCCUGUCUGUCGAGACUUAAAAGAGCUACGACAUCUUGCUGCAUUAAAUUUUCCAAAGUUCUGUGAACCUGUACAAAGAGGAGAUGCCAAAGAAGAGGAUACCCGACGGCUGUGGCGAAACAUUGAACCACAUCUGAAAAAAGCAAUGGAAACGGUUUAUUUACGAGAAAUCUCAAGUUCUCAGUGGGAGAGGCUGCAGCAAGAAGAUAAAGAAGGUGAACAUCUGAAAGGACUUUCCAUUCAUGCACAUGUUGAACUUCCAUUUUACUCCAAAUUCCUGCUGAUUGCAGCCUACCUCUCCUCCUACAAUCCUGCUAGAACAGACAAAAGGUUUUUCUCAAAGUAUCAUGGGAAAAUUAAGAAAACCUCAUUUCUGAAAAAGCAUGAGAAGACCAGCAAUCUCCUCCUUGGCCCCAAACCAUUCCCACUGGAUAGGUUAUUGGCAAUUUUCUACAGCAUUGUCGAUUGCAGAGUGACUCCCACGGCAAAUAUUUUCUCUCAGAUUACUUCCCUAGUGGCACUUCAACUGUUAACCCAUGUCGGCCAUGAUGAUCAGCUGAAUGGACCAAAGUAUAAAUGCACGACAAAUCUGGAAUUCAUCACAGCAAUUGCCAGUGAAGAGAAAGCGAACAGCAUUGACAAUCGAACAGAAAAACGAGAUUUUACUGCGUCUGGAUUGUGAUGAAAAGAUAUCAAAGAUUGCUCAAGAGUACAACAUUGGAAAAGCAACAGUGUCUGAUAUCAGCAAAGCAACACCGGCAAUUGAGAAAUUUAUCAACCAAAGUGACACUUCAUAUGCAUUAAAAAGAAAAUCCAUGAAGCCAGCGAAAGAUGAACAACUUGACCAAGCCAUAUUUUUGUGGUUUUCACAACAGCGUGAAAAGGGGAUUCCCAUAUCUGGCCUAAUGUUACAAGAGAAAAGCUGCCAGUUUUCAUGAAGCAGAAUAAGAGUCUGAUCACAGCGAAUCGUUGGGCUGGUUACAGUGUUUCAAAAAUCGUCAUGGCAUUUGGCAAGUCAGCGUUCUUGGACAGCAGAAGUCCGUGAAUGAUAUUUUACAAAUAAAAUCACUUUUAGUGUAAAUAAAAUUAAUUGAGGU